AUCUUUGUGAAAAAAAGGUGAAAAGAAAAAGUUUUGAAGCUGACUUUGGGUACAAAUUCAGGUAAUUCCAGCCGGUGAGUAACAUUUGCAUUCGCGUUUUUCAGCCUCAAAGAGAACUGUUAAUUAAUGGCGGGUGUUUGAAUCCAGAGCCGAGUUAUGAAUUCUCUAAACAAAUAAUGUUUUCAUAAACUACUUCAAUCACCAUAGACUGAUCUUAAGAACGCGGUAAACAUUUAUCCCUUUCGCAUUAAUGGCCAUCACGGGACACGCAACUUUCUCAUUACAGCUUUCUACAAAAAGUACCCCUAAUGUUGCUGGGUGGUUUUUGAUCACGGAACCUUACUGUGACUGGGAGAGAUUACACUCUGCACCGCGAAUUCAGUACAGCAAGGAAACUCUCAAUAUCACAUGGAAUAACAACAAAGCUGACUUCGGAAGCGCUGAAGUUAUGACUGUGUAUCUACGUUGAAGACCAAGGAUACCAGACAAUGAAUAAUCUGAAUAUUGAAGUGUUGUGAGGUAGAAUUUCUGCUCUCAAAUACUCAAAUAAGUAAUAUGACUGCUACUACAAAUCGAGGAGAAUACUGGAAUAUCGCCUGUGUGGUGAACGCCAUAUAUGCGACGCAAAAAACAAAGCUAGUAAAGGUGUGGUUAAAGAUUCAAAGCGAAGAAGAAAUAAAUAUCAUACUCAUCUUUAGACAGGGACCUAAACCGCGAAAGUUGCCGAAAGUACUGGGCGCUAACCUGCCGACGAGUUGGAGGAACUUAGAGGGAUCUGGUAACUGGAUGGUGUUCGAGAAAGACUGGCUCUUUGCUUCCAACGACGAUUAUCUUUAAUCGCUUUUCUCUACGCUCUCCUAAUUCUACCCGAAACAUUUUCUUAGCAGAAAGAGCGCUUGAUUAACAGAUGAAUCGAGAUGGAUCCAACAUGCGUGCACCAUCUUCUGCUACGCCCGUGGAGCGAGAUGCUGGAAGUUCGUUCAUAUUAAAAUUAACUCCCUGCGGGGAGGCUUUCAUAGACCCGAAGGACGAACACUCAAUUACGCAAAAAUUUUUUAUCAUUAUUAAAGUAACUUAACACCUAAGAGACAUACAAAAUCACCCCCUAAUGAACACAAGGUUGCAAAAGUUCGACUUCGGUGGGUACGUUUAAAUUAGCAACAGUUAUAGAUUUAAACCUACAGCCUCUUAUGAGAAAAACUGGCCAAAAGAAAGGAGUUUAAACGCUGAGGUAUUAUGUAAAACUUAUAUUGCGCUAAUAUUAAAAACAAAUAUUUAAAUGUUCGUCACAUUUAUUCUGGUUCAACAGAACUGCACCAUAAAAGGUAAACAGAAACAUCUCCCGACUGCUAUUGGCUGAAAAGAAAACAGAAAGUUAAUUAAAGCUACUCUCAUGCUAAGCUUAACUGGGAAGCAAUCAUUUUAACAACUCUAAAGCAGGUGUCUAUAUGACUUUGAGUCAUGUCUGUCACUCGGAUCUGUUUUCUCUUACUGGAGCUGUGCUCAGUGAUACCAGAGGUUGUCUGGUCACAAGAUGAGUGCAGAGUCAUUCUAUUUAAGCCAGACAACAUAGACAAGUAUUUACGUAAUCACAUGAUUAAAACCAUACAAGUAGCGAAUAAAGAAAGCUGCGAACUGAUAUGCUUUGAGGACCCCGACUGUGUGUCUUACAACUACGGACCAGUUCUGAGUGACACUCCUUUAUGUGAACUGAAUAACAGCACACAUCUACAAACCUCAAGCGAAAAUUUCAUUAUCAGAAAUGGCUACAGCUACCGAGGAAUUGAGAAUCCUUGUGAAAGCAGCCCAUGGCAGAGUAAUUCAACUUGUCAAGCUGGCUUUACUUCAAAAGGAUACCGUUGUGUCAGUCCACAAGGAUUAGGGGGAGAGAAUGUUGAACAAGGUAUUCCAAGUUUUUUUUAUCAAGUAAGGCCAAUAUUCCCGCAUCUUUAUGCUUCUNCCUGA